AUGAUCGGUGCAAGUCCAUCGCCAUCAAAUGGUACUAACCAGGGCGUCAAAAAGAAGAGAAAUAAGCUUAUUAAAUCAUGCACGUUUUGUAGGAUGAGGAAGUUGAAAUGUGAUAAGAAUAAGCCAAUGUGUUCGACAUGUGUAGUUAGACAGCGUAAAGAAUGUUCCUACACAUAUACUACGAGUUCUCGGGCCUCUUCUCCUACAGCAAAUGAUGGCAAGGUAAAUAUUUCUAAUUUAUCGAAGAAGGAAAAUGUUUAUGAUUCAUUAUCCCCAUCUGAAGGCAACAUAGAGAUGUUAAAAGAUACAGUGAAUACUAAUGGUUAUUUGGCCGAUAGUCCGUCAGUUUCAAAUACAAAAUAUAAGAAAAAUCCAUAUUAUGAUUAUUACAAUUUUCAAAUGAAAGAAUCAGGAAAAAUUUCUGUAUCUGGACCAACAUCUAUCAGGACAACUCUGAUAGAAAAUUCUACAUUAUUCAGAAGUAACAAAUUAUUUAAUUAUAUUUGGGAGAAGGUGAAGAUUUCACGAGAUCGAUGGAAAUUAGAACAUAAUUUUGAAAAACUGAAUGAGCUCAGCUUUGAGGAACAAGCAACAUUCUCCAAAUCAAAAUCUCUACUCUAUCAUAUUACAUUAAAUCUCCCACCUUAUAAAGAAAUUGUGGAAUCAAUAAAUGAUUUUUUUGAUAAAAGUGAUAUAUACUACCAUAGUAUGGCAUUAGAUAAAAAUAAGAUCUUAAGUGAUUUAAAGGCAUGUUUUAUUCUUGACAACUUCAAUGAAAAAGUCAUUCAAAUUAUAUUGAUAAACAAAUUUAAUCAUUUCAAGGUUGCUGUUAUUUUAGAAAUUCUAUGCAUUACUCAUUUUGGCCUAGAAGUUCCUCACACUAUUCAGAUAUACAGAACACAUGUGAAAGGUAUCACAACUUCAAAAUCAAUGUACGUUGAGAAAGCACAAUUUUUAUUACUUCAUGUGUUUUAUUUAAAAACAUAUUGCCUUACAAGUGGUGACUAUACUAACUUACUAACGAUUUCUGAUCUAUUGUGCUCUACUUGUAUAGGCCUAGGUUUCAAUAGGAAUAUCGAUGCUCUUUACUCUAAUAAGGAAACAUUAUGUGGUAGCUUGAAGAGCAUCAAACAUAUUUGGUUGUUUACAUUAUUUUUAGAUUGGGAUGUGUCGUUUAACACAGGAAAGGGACUAGCAAUAUCGAAAAAUGAUUACGAUUUAGAUGAUUUUUUAAAACUAUACGCCUCAGAAGUGGAAUAUACCUCGAUUACUGCAUUAAUUUUGCGAUUUUUGAAAAUUAUUAGGAAACAAUAUAUUAUAUUCACUGACAGAAAUGAAACACCAGAUCUCUCACAGUUUGUAGAAGAGAUUAUCUCAUUUUUAAAAUUGGAAUUUCCUGAUAUUAAAAAUUAUGUCAAUUAUGAUCAAAUGCACAAUAUAUCCCUUAUGAAAUUCAUUGUUUUGAUUCCGGCAUUGUCUGUUAUUAUAACAUUUUUAGGACUUAACAAAAAUCCACAUCAAUCGGUAACAAAAGUUAGAAAUUAUACAUAUAAAUUCGAUAUGAUGAUUUUUAAGUUAACAACAAAUUUGGUGAAAUAUUGUUUUUUAUUGGAUAAUGAAUAUUAUCCAGAAAUUAUUAGAAACACGGCAUUAGAUUCUGAUGGAUAUUCUCGUUUGAAUAUUUCUCCGCAUCUUUCAUUUUCCAUAUCCUUAACUAAUUCUGCAACAUUGAGGUCACAAUCUCAUUUUUUUUUUGUAGCUUAUUUGCAAUUGACUUACUUUUCCAAUAACCUAGUCUUGUCAUCAGAUCUAGGAACAGCACCGUUUGAUAUACAGUCCUUCUGUACUCCGAAUGAUGAAAAUUACAAUAUGGAUAGUGUUUUUGAUUUUUACGUUAAUGUUAGCAUAGAAUGGUGGGAGCCUCAAGUCACAGCGAUGACGAACGUAUUGUUACGUUCGUACAGCUGUGUAAUAAUGAAGACGCUUCACAAAAUUUGUUUUACAAUUAUAUCGACAAUGAGAAGUAUUAGAGAUAAAACUGAACAUCAGUGGGCAGCUAAUAAUGAAUGUUUAGUUAAUGCAGGAAAUGUUUUACAGAAAGAAAUUGAUUGCCAGAUCAAUAAAUCAUCCAACGAAAUUAAAGUUGGCAAAGAAAGAUCUUUAUAUAUAUCACCUCAAGGUUAUACAUCCUCCAUAGAAGAAUCUAUGGAGGAUAUCAAGAACCCUAACUUUCAAUAUCUAGACCAUUUAAGAAGGAUAUUGGAUUUUGAUAAUUGCAGUCUAGGUUCUCCAACUACAAAGGAAGAAUCGGAAAGAUAUUCAAAAGAGUUUUGGGCGAACUAUGUUCUUGACUGGGAGCAAGAAAUAGCUAAAAUCGAUAAUAUAUUCGAAGCUGUGUAG